AUGUUUACAAUAACAAUAACAUCAGUUAUUGAACGUUUAGCACGCACAUAUCUUCGUCAUUGUCAUCGUCCUGCAUCUAUUUAUAUUGGUUCAAUUGAUAAACCAACUGAAUAUGAUGGAAAAGUCAAAGAAAAUCGAGAUUUAACUUUUACCUCAAUCAAAACAAGGUCAAAAAGAUAUUCUUGUUGCAAUAGAUGGUAUUGAUCGUGAUAUUGAUAUAGAAGAUGUUUCAUUUGUAUUAAAUUAUGAUAUAGUUAGGACAGUUCAAGGUAAAGGAAAAAAAAUAUUUCAUAAAAAAGUAAAUAAAUUUAGAUUGUAUGCAUCGUAUUGGUCAUACUGGUCAUACAGGCAAAGCAAUAACAUUUAAAAAAAAAGAAGAAUAAAUCAUUUUAAUAAUAAAUAAUAAAGAAAUUGCAACCGAAUAGAACAUAUUUUCAUUUUUGAAACGUUUCGUCAACUACUGUUGACAUCGUCAGUCAAAAAAUAAAAGAAGUUACAUGAAUGUGGAAAAAAAACAUAUAUAUAGACAGAAAAUGAGAUAGGUUAAUUAGUAGAACAAUAAGAAAAUAAAACGUUUUAUUUUCUUAUAAAAUUUUUAAAUUUUAAUCGCCCCCAAAAAUGACCUAUUAGGUCAUCCAAAAGCAUUUGAUUCAUAACUUUUCUGUGAAUAUACAAUUCUAUCAUUUGUUUGUUGUAUCAAGUCCAUUAGUAAACUUUCUUUAAGCCUUUCAAUCUUGACAUUUUCUAUCAUUCUAUACAAGGUUGAAGAAAAUCUAUAUUUCUCUCUCUCUUGCGUUCUUAUUUAAAUAACCAGCUGUACACGAAGUUCAGCUGCGCUAGUUCAGUACGAAAAAAAAAUUUCACAGCGAAGAAUAUAUGCGUUUCUUUGAACACACAUAUGAUAUGUAUAAUGUAGGAAGACGACAGAACGCAAAAUUUCUAUAUUACGAUAUGCAUGUCAUCUACGAGAUGACAUGCCGUAUUGAAAGGGUUAAUCAUACGUUUAGUAUCAUUAGAUUCGAAAGCUAAUAUAAUAUGAUCCUAAUCAUUUUUAUGUUUAUUUUGCAUACGAUGAUCUGCCAUUAUAGAUUGUCCAGUUCCUUUAAAAGCAUUCUUAUGUUCCACCUUUCUUUGUUCAACAUUUCUUGAUGUUUGACCUAUGUAUGUGCCUUUGCAAUCUAGACAGUUGUAUUGAUAAACUACUUUAUUAUUUUCUUUUUUCUUAUCACGGUAUGUAGAGUUGAAUAAUGAACUAAUUCUUGUUUGUGAUUUAAACC